AUGCCCGCCAGGCAAGACGCUUACACCGUCUCCCUCCCCGCACCUUCGCCGCCACAGAGCAUCUCCAGCUACUCUCGCUUCAUCCACGACCACACAAAACGCCAGAUGCAAGCUUUUGGUGCCCUGUCGUCUUCAAGUUCCAGCACCUCAUCCCGAUCCUCAGUCGGCGGCACUUCCAUGACCAACGGCGCCGCUCCCCCGAUUUAG